GCAACACACUCUCUCUAUAUAUCAAAAGCGGACACUCCGACGUUGCGCUGCUCUAAGCAAUUUACAAAACCAAAAAUAUUUUUUGGAUUUUUGCCAAGUUCUUGUGAAACACACGCGGCGGCGUCGGCGCACACAUACAUAUAGAUAGAUACAUACUAGUAGAUAUCUAGUAAAUCUAGGCUUGGUGCUAUUUUGUGUUGUGGUUUUUGCGGUUUUUCAGCUCCAGUUUUCGUCUAUAGAUCGAAGCCGAAGCCACGUUCAGGAGCCAAAGCCGAAAAACAAACUGUUGCUCGACAUAAAUUUGCAUUUUGCGCUAAAUGCAGCUCGUCAAGCACUGAACCACCAAUAACCAUAUAAAUCAACAAGUUACACACACACACACACAGCAACACAAUGGCCUUAAUUAUGAAAUUCAUCGAGAGCAUAAACAGAUAUAUGGACUCACAUAGUGAUUCAAGGACAAAGGACUGGCCCAUGAUGUCAUCGCCCUUUCCCACACUGGCCGUCUGCCUCACAUACGUCUACCUGGUCAAAGUACUUGGUCCGCGAUUAAUGGAGAAUCGAAAGCCGUUUCAUCUACAGAACUUCCUCGUCAUUUAUAAUGCAUCACAGGUUGUAUUCAGUGCGUGGCUGUUCUAUGAGUGUUUAAUGGGCGGCUGGUGGGGCGCAUACAGUUUCCGCUGCCAGCCAGUGGACUACACUGAUAGUGCCACAUCUAGGAGAAUAGGCGUUUCCGGUUGGCUAACUGGACAUUAUAGCUUCCGAUGUCAGCCAGUCGACUAUAGUAAUAAUCCUAGAACGUUAAGGAUGGUACAUGCGUGCUGGUGGUAUUACUUCUCCAAGUUCACAGAGUUUAUGGAUACGAUUUUCUUUGUGUUGCGCAAGAAGACGAGCCAGGUAACAACGCUGCAUGUGAUUCAUCAUGGCUGCAUGCCCAUGUCGGUGUGGUUUGGAGUUAAGUUUACGCCAGGUGGUCACAGCACCUUCUUUGGUCUGCUCAACACAUUUGUGCAUAUUGUGAUGUAUACGUAUUAUAUGUUCUCUGCUAUGGGUCCGCAAUAUCAAAAGUAUCUAUGGUGGAAGAAGUACCUGACAACGCUGCAAAUGGUUCAGUUCAUUUUAAUUAUGGUGCACGCCUUCCAAUUGCUCUUCAUUGACUGCAACUACCCGAAGGCGUUUGUCUGGUGGAUUGGCAUGCAUGCGGUCAUGUUCUUCUUCCUCUUCAACGAGUUCUACAAGGCAGCCUACAAAAGCCGCCUGGAAAAGAAGGCAGCACUGGCCAUGGCCAAUGGACAUGCCAAGCCCAACGGCUACUGCAAGAGCAUCAAUGCCCACGACGAUCUGUGCAUGCCGCAGCCAGCGCCUGUGCCCGCGUCGUCGUCGUCGCCCACGAGCUACGAGCAGCUGAAUGGCGCCGCCGCCAGCACGCCGCUGCUCAAUGGCCAUGCAAAUGGGCUGAAGAACGGCUAUGCCAAUGGAGCUGUGCACAAAACGAAUGGCUCGCUGCUAUCGAAUGGCUUUGGCAAUGGCAAUGGCUAUGCCACCAAGCUGCUGGACGAUGUGGCACAGGAGCUGAAACACAGAAAGACACAGAAAUAAUAUCGGGGUAAGGCAGGGCGACUGCAGCACAGGGCUUAGAAUCACCAGCAGCAGCAGCAGCGCCUGGAGUCCAACGCUGGAUUCCAAUAUAGAUACAGUCAUAAGCACAGGCGGCAUAUGUAUUCAUCAUAGACACACCCACACUCACACACAUGCAUACACAUGCGUACAUCAAAUACAUUCAAGCUAAUAAUGCGUAUUUCGGUAACUCGAUUGACAUUGAAACACACACACACAAAAGUUUAAACAAAAGAUGUUAAAUCAGCAGAGAUCAGCGCCCCCGCCCCCCCACACACACACAGAUGAUGCGCGGGCCUUACCUAUUGUUAGUGCAAACAUUUAAAAGUUUAAUAUUUGCUUCCAGUAUAACAGCAUACACAUAUAUAUAUAUUUUGUAUGUAUCUAA